AUGGUUGAACCCAUUUUCAUGGCAGUUGGCACCGCAAUCGGUGUUGCCGGCCUGUAUUCUACCUGUCUACAAGCGUUGGAGGACUACGAAGCAGUGCGGAAUUUUGAGACGGACUCCCAGCUACAGGAGCUGGGGAAGAAGAGUGGGGAUUGGAAACGAGAUGAGUCAGCACCCUUGCUUGGACGCAAGAUCAGAGGAGUGUGCGUUAGUUCAAUGACCACUCAAACACUUCCAGAGGAUCUGGAGCGACGCAGAUAA